UCAGCAUUCCUUUUCCUUUUUUUCAUAAAAUUAAAUAAAUUAUCUUUAAUUAUUUAUUACAUUAUAUAUUUACAUUUUUAUUUUUAAAGUUGAGUAAAAUACAUUCUACAUAUCGUAUGCAAUUACAAUUAAUCGCAGUUUCUCCAUUUUAUUUUUAAUCUGUCUUAAGAAUGAAGAUUGCUCAAUACAAAUAUACAUUCUUAGCGUGUAUCUAUAAGAUCUCACGUUUGGGAUCCAACCAAGAAUUUUAUUACGCAUAUCUUUCCCUUUUUUCUAUUUCUAUCGUAACAUUAUAAUUAUAAACCCGAUAGGGAAUGACGCCAUAGAUAUAAAAAUCGAGACAAGUCGAUUUAAAACUUCACACGUACCUGAAUGUAGCAGCGUUCGCAGGAUCCACUAUCUUGAAAUUCUCUCUGCGUGCCACAAGGUACGCAUGGAACAAGGGCGGACAAUUUGUCUUUUCUCUCUUUCUUUUCCAAGGAUUGGAAUCCGAUUAAAGAAUGUUAAAAAGAAGGAGGCCAUCGACGUUGUUCGACCGUGAUUUAUUACGCCGCCCCUGGCUUCUCAGAAAUGUCACAGUAACGCAGGGCGCACCAGCCGAUCGCAGUCGUGUAAACAGACGAGAAUGCGUCUGGCCUGACGGUGCGCGCGAUGCAGUCCGAUAUCAUGGAGGACUUGAAGAUCAAAUUUUUCGGUCUCAUUAACAAGCAGAAUGCAACCAAAGUGCCGCUCAUGGGCUUGAAUCCCGAUCUACUUAAUCCUCCUGAUUUGCAAAAAAGUGAAGAUCUUUGUUCCGAGGCCGAUCAGUCGACAGAGAGUGAGCCUGUACCUGAUCAGGAUAUAUUAGAUUCUAUUGAAGAUGUUUACUUCAAUGUUGCUGAUAAUUUCGAUUCGUCACGCUACGAACUGGAGAAACUGCCAACGAUAUUGCACUCCAAGGAAAUUGAAAAGUGUUAUAAAAAACUCAAGCAGCAACAUCAAGUCGUUUCCAAGAAAGUGUUGCAGCUUAUUCUGCAGAAGCAGAGCGCUUGUGAAGCGGAAUUCGAUAAGAUUCUGUUGUUGCAAGAUCAGCUACAAAACGUCCUAGAAAUAUGUAAAAUAGGAAGGACAGAUCUGAAAUUAGCCGAGGAACAAUUUACUAAAGCGAGCUUGGGCAUGUUAGCAAAUUAUCAGAGACGACAAGCGACCCAGGAAUUAUUAAAUAAUUUAAAUACUAUAAAGACAUUGCAAUGUACAGGGGAUCGUCUGCAGGAGCUUCUGAAUAAAGGAAAUUAUCCUGGAGCCAUAUCACUUCUUUUGGAAUGCCAGAGUGCCGCUCAGACUUACAAACAUUUUCACUGUAUCGCCGAGCUAAAUACAAACCUGCAAAAUAUUUUGGAUCAAGCAGAGAGAACCUUAGACAAUACACUCUCUAAAAUGUGUACUGAAUUUGAUGUCGCGGUGUAUUCUUCUAUUCAGGAAGCAUAUACAUUAUUAGGAAAGACACAAUUUGCCAUGGAUCAAUUGCACAUGCAUUUCACCGCUGCCAUUCAUAACACGGCGUCUGCCGUUGUCCAUCGCUACGCGGGAGGCGAUGUGAAAAGACAAUAUAAACAACUGUGUCAGGCUGUGUCUCGUGAGAAGUGCAUAGCUUGUCUCACGGAACUGUGUAAAUCACUGUGGACAAUACUGAACUCAUAUCAUUUAAUUGUAAAUUGGCAUAAUACGCAGGAAGAUAAAAUCGAGGGUAAAUCCGAUGUUAAAGAUUUGGAGGCGACUUUAAGCAAGCAAUACGUCAAACACAAAUUGGAGAACGGUAUCGUCCGAGUAUGGCAUGAUGUGGAAAUGAAGAUAUCAGUUUAUUUGAUGAAUACAGAUUUAACCAAUACUAAAUUUGAGCAGUUUGUUCAAAUAUUGGGCAUAGUCAACAGGCUAAUGGAAAUUGGGGAGGAACUCUGUAGUUUCAAAUCCGAAAAUUUGCAGGAGUCCAUAAAGAAACAGUCCCUAUCUUACUUUUCUCAUUAUCACGCAUCUCGUUUAGAUGAAUUGAAAAUGUUCUUGGAACAUGACGGCUGGGAGUUAUGCCCCGUGAAAUCCGAUUUUAUGGCUACCCAAUUAUUAGAGUUUCGAAGUUUGAAACCUUCGCUUAAUAACUGUAAAGCGUGGAAUAGUUUAGACAGUUCUACUUUAAGUGACAGUGAUAAUUCUACUGGAAUCGAUCUGCAGAAAUAUCUUGAGGGUGGAUCGUCACCGUUCACAGUAGGAUUGGAUGAUACCAUGGAUGAAGAUAUUUUAAUAAACGAUGAUGUCGAGCAACCAGCAUAUUUUUCGGAUGAAUCCGAUGAGGAUAUUCCUGAUGAACUGAAGCACGAGUAUGUGGAUGAAUUGGACUAUACGAAAAGUAACAAAAAGAAAUGCAAGCUCAAACAGUCUGGACCUAUGGUCACAAACACGACAUUAAGCAUACUAAGAGUGUGCGGCAAAUAUCUACAGAUGUCGAAGCUUUUGCGAUCGAUCGCGGUUACUGUCAUACAAAGCAUGAUACAAUUUUUCGAGCUAUGCUUCUAUACAGUACACUUAUUCUUUACAUCGGAUCUUCAAAUUAAUAGCGACUCGUUAUACAGUCCGAAAUUAAAAUUAUCCUUAGCGCGAAUCAGAGAAACUUUGAUUAUCUCUGAGAAUGAUACAAUGGAAGAAAAUGGCAAUGCGAAUUACGAUAAAGUAAGACAACCACAGCUUUCAUCCAUUGUGAAUUUGUCACAGCCUGAGAAACUCCACGGAUUAACGGAACGUAUUGUGGCUGUCGAGUCUCUGAUAUUUUUAGGACAACAAUAUGAAGGUCUAAGGCCUUAUUUAGAGCAUCUUAUUGCCAGCAGUCCUCAAAGAGGAUUUUUGCAUCAGUUUUAUAUGCAAACAAUAGCAUCCACCAUAGACUUGAGAAAGCCAGUCUAUAUGGCGGUAAUAUCGCAAACGUUUGACGUUGCAAACAUUUUGAAUUUAAUGAACAAGGUCAAUUGGGAAGUAACCGACGUUAUGUCUCAACAUAGUAAUUACAUCGACGCACUUAUCCAAGAAGUGUGCACUCUGAAUGAAAGACUUAACACUAUUGGAACAUACAUUCCUUUAAAUGCGGAUAUAUGUAACGCAGUAUGGGAAAACGUGGCUCAUUUAAUUACUCACACCUUAGUGGAAGGGUUUUCCAAUGCUAAGAAGUGUUCGAAUGGCGGUAGAGCUUUGAUGCAACUCGAUUUCACACAGUUAAAAUCAAAAUUCGAAAAAAUAACAUCGUUAAGACCUAUGCCGCAUAGGGAAUAUGUUGAAUUGUAUAUUAAAGCGUACUAUCUUCCCGAAAAUAGCUUCGAAGAAUGGAUUAAGGAGCACAAGGAAUAUUCAGUGAAACAUUUAGUCGGACUGAUUUCGGCGACGUGCCAAAACAAUAAAAAAACACGACAACGAUUGAUAGCGCUUGUGGAGGAACAACGACCCAGUAGAUAGCAUCCAACCAUUUAUUACAAACCGGUACAAGAUUAUAUUGAAAUAGGAAGUAUUUGAGACAUUUAUCAAUUGAGGAUACGAUAAUCAUGUUGUUAACUGUACAGUAGAAUGAUUUUUUAAGUAUGUUAUGAAACUGAUCGAAUAUAUUCGUGUUUAUAAACUAUUUUGUCGAGUUAAAAUCUUCGGAGGAUCUUCAUGAUCACGAGAACCAAAUAAGCAACAUUUCAAUAUAUUUAUGAAGUAUUCUGUAUAUGAAUCUCAUAAUUCUAAGAACGCUUUACAAUUAUUAAUUAUAACUCUAAUGUAUAUAUU